CUCUACGCGUCCACCCCUCCCCUCGUCAAACUGUCAAAUCGACUAGCGUUGUUUGUAUACGAAAUUUAUCUUGGCUGCUUGGCAUUGCAGAGCGUUGCAGACGGAAAUUUAAGUGUCCUGAUUGAGGUAGCCUGGUUUCAGGGUCAGGUGGGGUCAGGAUGAGUCGGACGAUGGAUGAGAAGGAGGAGCUGGUGAAGAAAGCCUUAUUUAGUUUUGUUAGGAAGCAGGUACCCACUGCUCAAUUGAGUUUAAUAGACGACAUUGUACUCAGUUAUGUAGUGAGUAUGGUGGAAGAAAGUGCGUUGGAAGAAAAUUUAGAUGUGGACGGACUAUACGAAAUGGUAUCUGCCUGCCUUCCUGAGUUUUCCACUAUCGAAAAAGAGGCUGUGUCAAAAUGGUUGCUUGAUGUAGAGAGUAAGUUGAAGCAAGAGAGUAAAGAGAAUGAGAAUUGUCAGUCUCACAGUGAUCCGCUGAAUCACAUCAGUCUGACUGCUCUUCUACCGGCCGGUACGCAAAGAAUGCGAGUUCAUCAUCUCUCGGAAACCAGUGAUGCUGGAAGUGAUUCCAGCGGAGAAUACUUUUCGGAAGAAUCUUCUUGGCAUCAAGUGGCUGUAUUGCAAGAGAUGUUUCCGGCAGCGAGUCCUGCCGAAGCGAGGCAUUGUUUAGCAGUAGCUGGAGGAGAUAUGGCAAAAGCUGCGCAACUCGCAUUACAUCGCCAAGAAGCAGGUCAAAGCAUCGUGAGCAAUCUGACGUUUCUAACGCCCAAUGGUCGUAACAAGGCGAGGCUGAAUGACGAAGAGUUGAAAUCUCGUAUCAUCGCACGAUACAGUUAUGUUGACAGGGACGACGACUGCCGCGAACAUCGUCCAGUCGCGCCAAAAACGGAACCUAAGAAGAUGGUACGAUAUCUUGACAAUAAGAUCGUAAGUGUAAAGGGUGAACGUUAUACGGAAGUGCGAAGGGGUGGCGAGGAUGAGGAUGGUAACGAAGGUGGUAGAAAGAGAGGCCAUUGUCGCCCGUAACCAGUCCCUUUGCCUCCACCACCUGAUCCACCCCCUUGGAGGCAUCUAAGAGAUUUUCGAUUAAAUCUUUAACUUAGAUCAUUUCCAUCUUAUUCGUAUAUAAAACUAUAGACGAAAUAUUGAAUUUAAAAGCGUUUACAUUUCUGUUGACGUUUAAUUUUUAUAUGCAUUCUGCACAACUCUCAAAAUCUCUUUCAUAUGACAUUCAUUUAUCAUCAUUUCAUAGCAGUAGUCAAUUUUUUACGUUACUCGUUCGAAUUUAUAUUCACAAAAGUUAUUAAUAUUUUUAUUUCGUAAUAUAGAUUAUACCUUUAUCGAGCGUGCAAUGGCCGUUUUAAGUAAAUAUUCGUAUUUAUAAUUUAAAUAUAUGAAGUUUCUCCCCCCCCUCCCCCAAAUGCGUUAGUGAGACCCCUAUUUUAGCAUCAAGAUACACUUAUUAAAGACUUAUAGGGAAAAACUUAUUUUGUGUGUAAUUAAAUUGAUUAUAAUUAAUUAUUUAACGUUAAGACAAUUCACAGUUUUAAUCAGACGGCUUCCACACGGUCAAAUAUUUAAUUUUAAGCAUAUUCAAUUCCACAAUGCUAAUAAAUCGGUACGCGAGAAAGAAUUAAUCAUUUAAACA